AUGGCUGCGGAUAUGGGCACCAUUGCCCAACUACUCGAUGCCACUCUCGAUCCCUCUCAGCACAAGAAGGCCGAAAGCGCCCUCAAGCAAGAGCAGGUCAAGCCGCAAUACUCCAUCCAGCUUCUCAACAUUGUCGCCUCCGAGGCGCUACCUCCCAAGACCCGUCUCGCUGCCUCGUUGGCUUUCAAGAACUUUAUCAGGAACAACUAUGUCAACGCCGAGGGAGACUACAAGCUGCCUGCCGACGAGGUGAAGACCAUCAAACAGCAGCUUAUUGGCCUGAUGAUUGCUUGCCCUCCCUCCAUUCAGUCGCAGCUCGGCGAGACCAUCAGCAUCAUCGCCGACUCGGACUUCUGGCAGCGUUGGGACACGCUGACCCAGGAGCUCGUUGACCGCUUCUCCAACACCGACCCCAAGGUCAACAUUGGUGUUCUCGAAGUCGCACACUCCAUCUUUGCCCGCUGGCGACCGCUCUUCCGGACCGAUGAUUUGUAUACCGAGAUCAACCAUGUCAUCAGCACAUUUGCCGAGCCCUUUGUCAAGCUCCUCAUCGCCGCCGACAAGCAGAUUGACGCCAAUGCCCAGAACAAGGAUGUGCUGAAGAGCUGGUUUGACGCCCUGAGCCUCAUGAUGAAAAUCUUCUACGACCUCUCGUCCCACGACAUGCCUCCCAUCUUCGAGACGCACCUCAGCUCCCUCUCCGAGCUUCUGCACAAGUACCUGACCUACUCCAAUCCCCUGCUCAACACCGAGGACGACGAUGAGGUCAGCGUCGUCGACACGGUCAAGGCCGACAUUUGCGACGUCCUGCAGCUCUACGUCAUCAAGUACGACGACGACUUUGCCAACUAUACCCAGCCCUUCAUCACGAGUGCCUGGAACCUCCUCUCGACCACUGGUCUGGAGACCAAGUACGAUCAGAUCGUCAGCAAGGCGCUGCACUUCCUCACCGCCGUUGCCGGUACCACAAAACACUCGUCCAUGUUUGCGAGCGAGGAUGUCUUGGGCCAGGUUGUCGAGAAGGUCAUCCUGCCCAACGUGGCCCUGCGUGAGUCGGACAUGGAGAUGUUCGAGGACGAGCCCAUCGAGUUCAUCCGCAGGGAUCUGGAGGGUUCCGACACCGACUCGAGGCGUCGCGCCGCCACCGACUUCCUGCGCAAGCUGCAGGAGAGGUUUGAGCAGCUCGUGACUGGUGUGGUUAGCAAGUACAUCAACCACUACCUUACGCAGGGCAAGUCGGACUGGAAGGCCAAGGACACGGCCGUCUACCUCUUCAUCUCGAUUGCGUCCAAGGGCGCCGUCACGGCGGCCCAGGGUGUCAAGACUGUCAACCCCCUAGUCAACGUUGUCGACUUCUUCGAGCAGCACAUCGCUGCCGACCUGACGAGCACGAGCGUGGAGCCCAUCGCCAAGGUUGACGCCAUCAAGUACCUCCACACCUUCCGCAGCCAGUUCAACAAGGACCAGUGGAAGGUCGCCUUCAACCCCCUCAUCCAGAAUCUGGCGUCCGACAACUACGUCGUCUACACAUAUGCAGCCAUUGCUGUGGAGCGCGUGCUGUUCUUGACCGAGGACUCUGGAAAGCAGGUGUUCCCGAGGGAGGACAUUGAGCCUUUCGCCAAGGACCUCCUCGACCACCUCUUCAAACUCAUCGAGAAGGAGACGGCGGCGCCCAAGCUUCAGGAGAACGAGUUCCUGAUGCGCUGCGUCAUGCGUCUGCUCAUCGUUAUCAAGGAUGGCGCUGCACCCGUAGCUGAGCGCGUCCUGAAGCACCUCAUCCUCAUCACCAACAUUAUCAAGACCAACCCCAGCAACCCCCGCUUCUACUACUACCACUUCGAGGCUCUCGGUGCCCUUGUCAGGUACUGUGCCUCCACGAAUGCUGGCCUCUUCAACCAGCAGCUUUGGGAGCCGUUCCACCAGAUCCUCGUCGAGGACGUCACGGAAUUCCAGCAGUAUGUCUUCCAGAUCCUGGCACAACUGCUCGAGGUCAGCCCAGCAGACGCCAUUUCGGAGAAUUACAAGGCUUUCCUGGCACCCCUGCUCGCGCCUGGCAUUUGGGACACAAAGGGUAACGUCCCUGCGUGUACGAGAUUGCUUUCGGCCAUCAUCCCGGCGACGAAGUCUUACAUCGUCUCCGAGAACCUUCUGGAGCAAGUCCUGGGUAUCUACCAGCGUCUCCUGAGCACCAAAAAGUUCCAGCUGUACGGCUUUGACGUGAUCGAGUCUGUCGUCAAGACGUUCGAGCCGAACGCGCUCAACCAAUACUUUGGUCACAUUCUGCAGCUCAUGUACUCCAAGCUCGAGGGCCAGCCCGCCGAGUCUCUCAAGCUGCGCUUUGUUCGGUUCUACCACUUGGUCUCGGCGCGGCAAGAGGCGGGCUUUGGCGCCGACUAUGUGGUCCAGCACACGAAUCAGCUGGCGCAGGGUCUCUUUGCUAACGUGUACCCCACCUUCAUCCUCGCCGACACAGAGAAGCUGGCCAACCCUGUGGACCGUAAGCUCGCUGUCAUCAGUCUUGCCAAGACGGUGUGCGAGUCCAAGGCGUUUGCGGAGCAGUUCAAGAAGGGUUGGGCGCGGUCCGUCGGUCUCCUGCUGACGCUCCUGGUCAACCCACCCGUGGUGACAAGCGGUUUCGGCGACGAGUUCAUCGCCGAGGCCGACGUUGACGACAUUGGUUUCGGCCUGUCCUACACAGCGCUCAACACGUGCCGUCCGACCACGCGCGACGACUACCCCGAGGUGACGGCUGUGGCGCCGUGGGUCAGCGUGUACAUUAACUCGGCGAACAACACGCACGGCGGACAGAUCUCAAACUACAUCGCCGAGAGGCUGACGCCCGAGCAGCAGGAGGCCCUGCGUCAGCUUCUGAUGUAG